UUUUGCUCCAGCCUUUUAUUUUGAUUUUUUUUCCACCUUAGGGUUUAUGUUCUAGGGUUUUAGGCCAGAUGGACGAGACGAGCAUCAUCCGCGGCAUCAACUCCGCCAUCAAGAAGAGCGAAGGGAGAUUUUGCUGCGGCGGAUCAUUGCCGCUGCCACAGGAAGGGAUUGGGAUCUGGUACACGAAGGAGAACGAUUCUCACGGCCAUCUCCAUCUUCCCGUGGAGCCUUACGAUGAUACCGGCAUCGAGGAGCUCCUGGACGAGACCGCAAAUCUCCAAGAAGGACACCUUGUUCACGAGCUCGACCCCCAUUCUUUCGCCACAAACUUCGAUCUGGGCAAGUUCUUCAUCAUGGACGAGAUCACCAAGCUCCUCGGCCCCGGCACCAUCCUCCGCGCGCAGCUUCACAAGCUCACGGUGAUCGUCACCGGCGGCGAGCGAGAGCUCAAUGACUCGAUGCUCCCAAACGAAGAGGGCGACGUCUUUGGCUACUUGAUCGUCGGACUUCCAUUCUCUUUCACCGGCGGAGAGGUCAUGGUGAGAAAGUCCGGAAGCAAGCUCAAUACUUUCUCGACCUGGGACACCACCGAGUCGAUCCACUGGGUAGCUUUCAUUGCCGGUUGCGACCACUUGAUCACCGAGGUAACUUCGGGCUACCAGAUCACACUGACUUACAAGCUUUUCAGACUGGUGGACAGUAACAAGAGAAAGAGAGUGGUAGGAGUGAACGACACUCUGGUUGACGCUCACACCCUGCCGCUCUACGAGCUCUGGAUCGAGGCCACCAACAACGCAAACUUCUACCCCGACGGUGGUGUCCUGGGUUUUGCUUGCCAGCAGCAGUACGAAGUUAGCGACGAGCUCAGAGUCGAUGGUCUCAGGGAUGACAAGACUUGGCUGCUCAAGGGGGCCGAUGCCAUGCUGUUCGCGGCAGCAAAGGCAGCGGGGCUGGAAGUGGAGCUCAAGCCAGUCUACAAGAACAGCGAGAGCGAGAACCCGGCACUGCUCUACUUGGGGAAGGUCGUCGGCGAGAAAGCUCCAGGAUUCUUGGGAGAGUUCCGGGAAGGCUUUGACGAUCUGGACAGGGAUACCACCGCAGGCGAGGAGCUCCCGAGAGGUCGCGACGGUGUCAAGACGGACGCCAACUUGAAGUGGUGCUUGAGGAAUUUUGCGUGGAUCACUGGGAAGGAGUGUGGACGCUACCGGACCGAGCAAGUGGAUGUUUCGUGGUUUCACUCGAGCGCUGUGGUGGUGACGAUUCCUCCCUGGUCGGAGAGGAAGGGGAGCAUCGAGAAGGCGGAGGAGGAGGUUCCAGAGGCGAAGAAGGCCAAGAUUUACAAGGAGGCCAUCGCCGACUGGUUCCGGCGGGCCGAGGAGCAAGCCACCCGCGAGGUUGCGGACAGUGAGUACCGGGCAAACUCGGACGAGGAGGAAGAGGAGGAGGAGAACGAGGACGAGGAUGAGGAAGACGAUGAAGGAGACGACGAGGAGGAGGGCGAUGGCGAUGGCGAUGGCGAUGAAGAAGAAGAUGGCGAUGGCGAUGGCGAUGGUGGCGAUGGAGGAGUGAAAGAGGAUGGCGAUCCUCUUCCUCCGGCGAAAGAUCUAGAGGGCGAGAAUGGAGCUCUAGAGAAAAUUCCCGAGUGAUCGAUCACCUAUCAAAUUUUUUUUAACUUGGAUAUGUGUCGGAUUUACCCAA